UUGAGAAACAAAAUAUGGGCGAUUGGUCACUCAACGCAGAAAAGUAUGUGGAUGAGUGAGUAGACAGUAGUUCUUCAUUGCAACAUAAAUGUAAUUCAACCCAUUCCUUUCUCAGUUCCCCCUUCCAGCUUCCCUUCGCACGUCAAUCAUCACAGAUCUGGAAUCACGUCACCGGCUUAUGGUCCUCUCCGUGACGCCGGUUACCCAAAUUACGGUCUUGUGUUACUUUUUGCCUCCCAUCGUCACAUUUUUCCUCAAUCCAUCGCCAUCUCGCCAGCUCAACCUUCCUCUGGGUAUACCAAACCCUCUCUCUUUCCUCGGAUUCACCCCUAAUGACGUCACACGGGCACUUGUUUACCUCUGUAUUAGCGUCUCCAUUGCGACCCAGUUGUAUGUCAUACACAUCGGCACUUUGCUCAUAUUCAUAACUGUGGAUGCCUUGAAGACUGCGUUUUUUAUAAGUGGGAUUAGUUUUGAAACCAUUGGCCAUGACGACUUUUCACAAAGGGAGCAAUUCGUGAGCGCUGUCACACAUCAUCAACGUCUGUUCAGGUUGACCUCAAAACUGAAGGAAGUUAUUGAGCCCAUACUGGAAGUAGCUUUGACUGGGGCCAUGACCUACAUUGUAAUUGGUGAAUUGGCAAUAAUUCAGGAAUUUCGUGAUAACUUCAAAAUGAUAGCCGCAAUCGUAAUAACUCUUGGAAUUAUUUACGCUGAUUUCAUUUUAAUGGGCUCUACCUCUCACAUGGUAAGAUAA